AAGUGCAGGGACGCACAGAGACGAGCAGCAGCAAGACGAGGUCAUACUUGGAUCAGCACUCAACCGAUAGAUUGCAGGCAGCGGGGAGGAAUUGCGCUGAUUAAGGAGCUCAUCAGUCGCCGUGGACGAUCGUCCGAGUCCGAACGAACCCAUACCAACCCAGCGAAACGAACGAACGAGCCGAGCCAGCAGUCCCAGGAGCUACCAAUAGAUUAAAUUCCAGUUCAGUGCAGGCGGAAUUGAGUGACGAUUGUGCCAGAUAGAUCAAUCAUCAGCAUCAUCAGACGAUCAGAUCCAGAACAGCUCGCUUCUCUCGUGACAGUUGCGCGUAUAUUUUCCUUAUUUUCCAGCGCUGGUGUGAGCCCGGAAGAAGAGUUUCGUGACAGGAGAAGAAGAGUCGCCACGAGAAGACCGACGGCCGAGGAGCCAAAGGAGCGCGAAUUCGGCUCGACACUGUUCGCUGCGCUGCGACCGUGAAGUCAGUAUUUUAGGCGCCGAGACCAGUCAUUGUCGGGGUGGUAGAGAAAUUUCCAAGCUGAAGAGAGCGUGCGGAGUGGACUUCGUGAGCGACUCCGUUUCGAUCAGGGGCGAUAUCCUUAGCUCUCGGCCGCAGCUGCCUGUACUCGCAAUCCUGCACCCGCAAUACGGCAAGGUCUUUGACCCGGGAGGAUGGGCUCUCUGAUGGCCGGCUGGCAGACCAAGCCCAGAAACGCCCAGCAAGCGGCUCUGAAGCGAUCUACGUCAUCCAUGACCAAUGACGAAGUUACCAGAUACUGGCGUGCCAAGGAAAACUCCAUCAAGGAGCAUCUCGAGGAAGCGCAAAUGGCCGCUGGCUUUUUCAAGGCAUACCAAAAAUUCGAGAUGAACGACGACAGCUACGACAUCAAAGAAGGCGCCGUGAGCCUCCUCCCGUCGGCACCGACGCUCAAUGGUCCUCAAGACGCGGGCAAGGGUCGCAAAGCGGACUGGUGGACCAAGAGCAAAUUCGCCUACCUGAAUGAGCCGCCGCUGGUCAACGAGGGCAAGCAGAACCGGUACUUGGCACAGUUCGAAGUGGCAACGAAGGGACGCGAUAAUGUGAUCGCCGCGAGGGCUCGCUGUCUACUCAACGCGAAUAGCGCUUGCUUCUACAAUUACUAAGCCCAUCCGCUGCAGACCGACCGACCGACAUGGUAACAGAAGCAUGAUCGCGCUGAUUGCGUGUGCGUUUAGGACUAUGCAAAUCUGUCCAACUGUCCAUGUAAUGUGCUAGUGUAUAUAAUAGUGGCCGGAGUGCCCUGGAUAGAUUGAUUGAUAGAUGUCCAUACUAGAGGUAGAGAGAUUGAGCUCGAGGCGCCCCGUCCAUGGAAUCGAAGUAGAAACCUGUGGGCUGGGAGAUUUGUUAUUUGUUGUAUAAAAUAGGCGCUUGCAGGUACAUCACAACACCAAAAAAUGAGAUGACAGAGCCUGUUCGGACCUGUUCGAUUCCCUCGCGUAGAUCGAGGUGUGGUUGAGCUUGGUGAUGGUGUGGAAGAUGUGUAGUGCUUUAGUCAUUAGUUGUCACCAUUUUGUACAAAUACAGCAAGAUCUGAGUCUGCUCCAUGGUAGUCAGCAUGGGUGUGGAUCGGCAGGGUUAGGUGUGUAGGCGUGUAGGCAGACAGUGUAGGAUAGCUGCGAGCUUCCGAUUCUCCUAUUAGUUACGGUCGCUGGAGCUUCGACCCCCGACAACGACGAUGAAAUCGAUGAUCAUGAGUAGGAGAUGAGCAGAAGUUCUCCAUGAGAUAACAAUACGGAGUGCAAGUGGGCAGAGGCCCAUGCAGUGCCAUGUCAGGCCGUAUGCCCACUGUCACUCCCACUUUCUUCACGCCACAGGCUUAUGCCCACUGUCACCACAUGGAAGCUCCUUACCGACACCCCGCUAUUUCUGGACGUGUUGAUCCUUGUGUGCAAAAGCUUGCUGGAUGAUCGUGGUCGGCAACGAGGAUUUGGGUGCGACUUGGGUAGACCACAGAUGUCCAAGUAGAUACGUACUCGGCAUAGAAUAUAUAGUACGAACGAAUGACCGUGCGGGUUCAGCUGGUCAUUCGCUCGAUCAAGUUGUGGUCUCCUGAUAACCUUUUCAUGUACCUCAAGUGAACCUUUUCAAUACCUCGACCUCAGCUCUUUCACCUGUCCUGUUUUCAAGCGAAAUCUGCCACCAAUCCGCUCUGAGACGCUUUAUGCUUCCAUAGUCAAUUUGUCCUGAUCGGACGUUCAGUCCGAAGACCUCCUCCUACGCACACCAACACCGGUACCUUUUCUUUCAUCAUGAUGAUACAUGUGUACAAACCAGCAAUAAAAGGUCUGGCUGGGUUUCCACCACUUUGCCUUUCCUCUUCUAUCA